AUGGAGCGCUACCAAAGAGCGCAUUCUCUUCCUCCCACGGGAUUAGGGCCAGGGACCCUGGCAGUCUGGAUAGUCUGGAUUCUGUGGCUUGCGAGGAAUCAAUUCAUCUUCGAGAAGCGCAAAUUUACUCCUGAAGAAACCGUCUUGAAGGCGAUUACAGACGCUAGAGACUGGACGAUGGCGCAGUUACCUACAAUUCCUCGGCUUUUGAAACCUUUGAUCAGAUUUGAACCAAACCCUAAUCUCGGGAACCAAUGCGCGAUCUACAUGGAUGCAGCUUGGAAUCCAUCGACGGGAUGCGCAGGACUUGGUUGGAUCGUUGAUGAUCAGGAUUCAUCAACACAACAUGCAGCGACUUCGACAUCCGUUGGGUCGCCACUUAUUGCAGAAAAUUUGGCGGUGCUAGCAGCCAUGACCUUUGCUCGGGAUCACGAAAUUGAUUCCAUAUCCCUCUUCUCUGACUCUCAAAUCCUUAUCAAGACUCUGAUAAGGCGUGAAAGGAAGUUGGAGAUUUAUUGCGUCAUUAGAGCAUCUCCAAUGUAA